GUAACUAACCACGGCAUGCUUCUUCUGCUGCAGCAAUAUCCAUUUCCUUCUGGUAUACAGAUUGAGAGUGCUUGAGGGAUAGUCUACAAGUUUCUCCUGUUCACUACUGAUUUGAAGCUUCACUGGGUCAAUAGUUCCUCAGUUUGUACCACACUGUAGCCAUUGAAGGAAUUGCGUCGAACCCGGGCCUUUCCAUGCCUAGAUCAACAAGUGUUUGAGCUUGUCUAAUUCGCUCAUUCUAAAACUAUCUCGCUUUGACAGUCACUGAGAUCUGAGUUACUUAGCUGCGAGACCACCUGUUUGCCCCGUCCCAGGUGUUCUGUCAGAUCAUUUCCCCCGAUUUGGACCAAGGUGACCUCGAAGCUUGCAAUGGAACACAUAGUUGAGCGAGAUAUCAAGGCAUCACAGCCCAUAUGUGUUGCUACAACACACCAGGUCAAGAAUGAGGCAUGUAUCUCCCAAAUGGAUGCAUGCUCAACCAGCCAGAACGAAAGUGGCCAGGCGGACGAUACACCUCAAGCAGCCCAAAAGAUAUCUGACUCAAACAUCAUAAAAAGCGCUGAAUGGUCCGCUGAUGGGACGACCUUGUUGACGGACUCUGCAGACCACCACAUACGGACCUAUAUCUUACCACCAGACCUGCUUGAAGAGAGACCGUCGCCUCUGCGCUUGUCACCAUAUUCGGCAUUGGCUUCUGCAGAACCGAUUUAUGCUAUGGCUAUGUAUCCUUUCUUUUCCCUCCAGGACCCUUCCACCACCUUAUUUCUUUCCUCCGUACGAGACCAUCCAAUCCGACUCGCAUCUGCUCUGGCUCCAUCACUCAUGGCUUCUUAUUCGUUGGUAAAUCCCAUGACGGAGGCUUUCAUUACACCCCACUCCAUGAUUUAUCCCUCCAGUCUCGGAGGAACACACUUUCUCACAGGGUCUGAUAGCCUCAUCUGCCUUUUUGAUGUUUCCCGACCAGGAAAUGAUGGGCCCGUGACCACGAUGCCCACUAUACCAAGUAAGCGCAAGCAGGUUGUGGGCGGUGGCGUUGGCAUGAAGGGAAUCGUCUCGGCAAUGGCCGUGGAUCCCACAGCUCAGGGUAUACUGGCUGCAGGAACGUUUACCCGGCACAUCGGACUCUAUGACUCGCACGGAAGUGGGCAGUCUCUAGGGACGUUCAGCAUUGCAAAGACGGAGGCGGAUCCUCAUAUCGGAGGACGUGGGGUAACGCAACUGCUAUGGAGCCCAUGCGGAAGGUAUCUAUAUGUUGCCGAGCGCAAAAGUGAUGGAGUCCUGGUGUAUGAUAUCAGGGUGACUGGCCAACUGCUCGGAUGGCUGCAGGGGCGCAAAGCUCUCACCAAUCAACGCAUGAAGAUCGACGUGGUGGCUGCUGACCAGGGAGGCUCGCAUGAGAUCUGGGCGGGAGGCACUGAUGGCUGCAUGCGCGUUUGGCGGAACCCUACCCAUACCCCUGGAGCCCAGGAACCGCAGUGGGAGUGGAAAGUCCAUGAAGAGUCAGUAAGCAGUACUGUUCUGCAUCCUUGCGGCAAUGUGGCCGCGACAACUUCGGGGCAGAGGUUCUUCCCAGACGAACUGGAAGAGGGCACUUCGCCUCCAAAUUCACAGAGUGACAGGAGUCUCAAAGUUUGGUAUAUGCCUUUUCUCAGUGGAAGUGGCAUCUCCGACUGA